GGAAACUAUUUCAAAUAGGUGUACACCAAAAGGUUGAAAUGACACUAACGUGGGUGAAGCUGUAUGCUGUUGGAGGCUUUCUUGUUUUACAAGCUCUGGCACAGACGCCGACCACGACGCCUCGACCGCCGGCGGAUAUCUACUGCUACGUCUGCGACAGUAAAGUUGUUGGCAGCGUGUGCAAUGACCCAUACAGCAAGAAGGAGCUCACGCCAGUGAAAUGUCCGUCACGGACGUGCUUCAAAAACAAAAUAACACAAAAGGAUGGACUGAACGAAAAAGGAAUCACUCGGGGAUGCAGCCUCACACCCUUUUAUAAAGCAAUUUGCGAGAACAAGAUGGGAACAUCGAGCGAGAUUGGGUCAACGUGUCAUUGUAUUACCGACAGGUGUAACGCCGGCGGCAUUCCAUCGUUAAAUACUCUGGCAAAAAUAACCACGUUUACAAUGACUGUGAUUAUGUUCUUAUCGAUCAGUACUUUUGGAUUUGUUUAACUGCAUCGAUGUCUGACUGUUUUAAAAUUAAAAUAUAUAUAUAUCGUUUUAAAAUAGGUUUUGUUGUACAUGUACGAUUUAGUAUUUUCCAUUUUAAAGUCGAUUUAAAUUGAUGAAAUAAUAACUUGAUAUGUACUCGUACAGUGUCUGGAAGUUUUUGUUGCUUUUUAAAGAAUCCCUUCACCGUUUUUAGUUGUUCGCUUGUUACUAGAGGUAUACUAUAGACAACAUCAAAACGGCUUAAAAAUCGCUAAAACCGAAUAUAAAAAACAACUAAAUAUAACGAGAAAUAUCUUUUAAAAAGGUAGCCGGCGUAAAUGCUGACUUCGAAAUACAGUUUGCAAUUUACGUUUCUAAAUAAAUAAAUUGAAAACAAAAGUUUAA